ACCAGCUGCUAGUUUGGAUCGUGUCCAAUUGAAUUGUAAACAAAUUUUGUAAAUAUGGCUGGAUUGCUUAAAUUAUAUUACGAUUUUCUAUCGCCGCCAAGUCGUGUACUAUGGUUGAGCCUGAAAUUGAGCAAAACUCCCUUUGAGGCGUGUCCUGUGGCCCUGAGAAAAUUUGAGCAGCUGACUGAUGAGUACAAGAAGAUUAAUCGAUUUCAGAAAGUGCCCUGCCUGGUCUAUGAUGGAUUUCAUCUCAGCGAAAGCAUAGCCAUGGUUCGUUAUCUUGGGGACAAAGGUCAAUUAAGUGAAAAAUUAUAUCCCAAGGUCUUGAAGGAUCGUGCUCGCAUUGAUGAGUACUUGGAAUGGCAGCAGUUUAAUGUACGUAUGCCUUGUGGUUUAUAUUUCAUUCAUGGCUGGCUAUAUCCCAUCAAUGGCAUUGCCGAUAAACCCAAGCCCGAAGAAGUUGAGAAAUUUAUCAAGGAUGUGAAUGUUUGUUUAGAAUCCUUGGAGCGUUUUUGGUUGGAUAAUGAUUUUCUAAUUGGUUCACAUUUGUCAGUAGCUGAUUUAUUUACUGCCUCUGACAUCAGUCAGAUAAAACUCUGUCAAUAUAAUGUAAAUGAGCAACAAUUUCCCAAAGUGGCCAAAUGGUUGGAACGCGUACGUGAGGCAUCUAAUCCCUACUUUGAUGAGGCUCACGAAUUUGUUUACAAAAAGUCUCUGCAAGCAGCCAAAGCAAAACUUUAAAAAAGCUUUAAUUUGUAUAAAUUUUUUAAAAAUUAAAAUAGGUAACAAAGUGGAACAAAACUAA